GCCCCGCCCGCGUCCCCGCGCCGUCUCCUCGGCCUGCGCCGCCGCCGCUCGUGGUCCGGGUCGCGCUCCUUCCGCUCCGCCGCCAGCUUGCGAGUGCUGCCCGGCAGGCCGCCAUGGCGAACGUGGCCGACACGAAGCUGUACGACAUCCUGGGCGUCCCUCCCGGCGCCAGCGAGAACGAGCUGAAGAAGGCAUACAGAAAGUUAGCCAAAGAAUACCAUCCUGAUAAGAAUCCAAAUGCUGGGGACAAAUUUAAAGAAAUAAGUUUUGCAUAUGAAGUAUUGUCAAACCCAGAGAAGCGGGAGCUAUAUGACAGAUAUGGAGAACAAGGUCUACGAGAAGGUAGCGGCGGAGGUGGUGGCAUGGAUGAUAUUUUCUCACAUAUUUUUGGUGGAGGAUUGUUUGGCUUCAUGGGCAACCAGAGUCGAAGUCGGAAUGGCAGAAGAAGAGGCGAGGACAUGAUGCAUCCCCUGAAAGUAUCCUUAGAAGACCUGUAUAACGGCAAGACAACCAAACUACAACUUAGCAAGAAUGUGCUCUGUAGUGCAUGCAGUGGCCAAGGUGGAAAGUCUGGAGCUGUUCAGAAAUGUAGUGCUUGUCGGGGUCGAGGUGUGCGCAUUAUGAUCAGACAGCUGGCUCCGGGAAUGGUGCAGCAGAUGCAGUCUGUGUGCUCCGAUUGCAAUGGAGAAGGAGAGGUCAUUAAUGAGAAAGACCGCUGUAAAAAAUGUGAGGGGAAGAAGGUGAUCAAGGAAGUCAAGAUUCUUGAAGUUCAUGUCGACAAAGGCAUGAAACACGGACAGAGGAUUACAUUCACUGGGGAAGCAGACCAGGCCCCAGGAGUGGAACCUGGAGACAUUGUUCUUUUACUACAGGAAAAAGAACAUGAGGUGUUCCAGAGAGACGGGAAUGAUUUGCAUAUGACAUAUAAGAUAGGACUUGUGGAAGCUCUAUGUGGAUUUCAGUUCACAUUUAAGCAUCUUGAUGCCCGUCAGAUUGUGGUGAAAUACCCCCCUGGCAAAGUAAUUGAACCAGGAUGUGUUCGUGUUGUUCGAGGUGAAGGAAUGCCGCAGUAUCGUAAUCCCUUUGAAAAGGGUGAUCUUUACAUAAAAUUUGAUGUGCAGUUUCCUGAAAACAACUGGAUUAACCCAGACAAGCUUUCUGAAUUAGAAGAUCUCCUGCCAUCUAGACCAGAAGUUCCUAAUGUAAUUGGAGAGACAGAAGAAGUGGAGCUUCAGGAAUUUGAUAGUACUCGAGGCUCUGGAGGUGGUCAGAGGCGUGAGGCCUAUAACGACAGCUCUGAUGAAGAGAGCAGCAGCCAUCAUGGACCUGGAGUGCAGUGUGCCCAUCAGUAACUGCAGGUAGCUGCACAGUGGAUUUUCUUUCCACAUUUGCCGGAUUUGCCAGCUGCUGGAGUACCUGAUGAGUCCAGAUGAACUGACAGACGUCUGUUGAUCUAUGUGUAACUUCUAAAAUUGGUAUAGUAUCCACAGAGUGUAUAAUUUAAACUAACCACGAAGCUUUCCAUCUUCAUUUCGACUGUUCUGUAGCAGAGUAAAGCACUUGAAAUAAGACUCCCUUUCACAUGUGGGUUCCAAGUCUCAGUCCUGGUAUCUGCUUGAUUUUUAUCAGUUUUGUGUAGACUUUAUGUUUCAUAUUUUAAACUCAAAUCCAGCAUUGUAAAGUUUGUACAAUUUGUCCUGAAGCUUUGUGUUUGGCUGCACCUGCAUAAGCUGCUACAACUAGAAUAAAGAAUUCAUAGCCUGUAUCUAUCAUUCAGAUGCAUGGAAAAAUGGGCUUUGCACACAAUGGGUUUGAAGCUGACUGAGAACAGUAGAAAACAUUAGCCAUGGUUGUAAAGUUUUUUGGCUUUUUUUUAAAAACCAUUUUGUGAAAGGUUUCUGAAACUUGAUAAUAAAAAGCAGUUGGUGUAAAUUA